CAGGGAGUCCGGGUGCCGCGGGUUACACUUCUGAGCGCCUUCGGGAAGCCACAGGGCAGGGGGAGUGUGUGCUGAGAAGCCGGGGGAGGAGUAGUAGGCAGGCCCAGCUUCGGUGCCAGCCCAGUGACACACUAGCGGGGUAAAUCUGGCUCGUGAUGUGGCGGCCGGGCGCUCACGUGUGUGUAGACCCACCGGCUUCUCUGUGUGCCGUGUGGGCACCUGUCGUGUGAGUGGCUCCGGGCGUGGCUGCUCGUCGGACGUUCAGUUUCUGUAAGAUUUAUCUCUAGGGGCCUACCUAACCCCGGCUCCAGAGGGGAACGUAAGAAGUUUAACGGAGCCAGGCAGAAGGCCCUUUGGCAAGACUGGCGUGACAAAGGUGGCCCUGGAAUGUCUAAAGUCUGGACCAUGAUGAUCACGGAGUGAGUGGCACCGGGCAGUUUGUUGACUGACAAAGAGGGAUGCUAGCAGUUAGGAAGGUAAGGAGGAAACUCAGGAUGGGGACCAUCUGCUCCCCCAACCCCACCGGGACAAAGACAUCAUCGGAGGUCUGCAAUGCCGACUGGAUGGCCUCGCUCCCCCCUCACCUCCACAACGUCCCCCUUUCCAAUCUGGCAAUCCCAGGCUCACAUGAUUCAUUUAGCUACUGGGUAGAUGAAAAGUCCCCAGUGGGGCCUGACCAAACCCCAGCCAUCAAACGCCUCGCCAGGAUCUCCUUGGUGAAGAAGCUAAUGAAGAAAUGGUCCGUGACUCAGAACCUGACGUUCCGAGAACAGCUGGAAGCUGGGAUCCGCUACUUCGACCUACGUGUGUCUUCUAAACCCGGGGAUGCCGACCAGGAGAUCUACUUCAUCCACGGACUUUUUGGCAUCAAGGUCUCGGAUGGGCUGAUGGAGAUUGACUCAUUUCUUACACAGCACCCCCAAGAGAUUGUCUUCCUGGAUUUCAACCACUUCUACGCCAUGGAUGAGGCCCACCACAAACGCCUAGUUCUCCGGAUCCAGGAGGCCUUUGGAAACAAGCUGUGCUCAGCCUGCAGCGUGGAGAGCAUGACGCUGCAGGCCCUGUGGGAGAAGAAGUGCCAGGUUCUUAUUUUCUAUCACUGCCCCUUCUACAAGCAAUACCCCUUCCUGUGGCCCGGAAAGAAGAUCCCAGCGCCCUGGGCAAACACCACAAGUGUGCGCAAACUAAUCCUCUUCUUGGAGACCACUCUGAGUGAGCGGGCCCCACGGGGCUCCUUCCAUGUCUCUCAAGCGAUUCUCACGCCCCGAGUGAAGACCAUCGCCCGAGGCCUGGUUGGUGGCCUCAAGAACACUCUGGUUCAUAGGAAUCUUCCUGCCAUCCUGGACUGGGUGAAAACCCAGAAGCCCGGAGCCAUGGGUGUCAACAUCAUCACGUCGGACUUCGUGGACCUGGUGGACUUUGCCACUACUGUCAUUGAAUUGAACGACCUCCUACAGGAGGAUAGAGCUUUGGCUAAAUGCUGAUUUGAUUUUUUUUUUUUUUAAUUUAUUUAACUUAAUGUUGACUUUGUUGAUCCAGGCCAGAGUUCUGAAGGGUUUCCUGUUAGGAUGGUCCCUGGGCAGUGAUGGGGAAGUAGGAGGAGGAGGGUGUUUUCCCUUCUUCAUAGGGCCAUUUGGAUUAAACUACAGAGAUUUUAAUUGCAUUUUUCCCAAAUGAGACUAAAACUUAAGUCCCAGGGAAGAAGCAUAUCUCAUGUGAUCAAGGUCAAGGUCUCCCCAGUGGCUCAUGAUGUUGGAUGUAAUAUGGAAGUAGAGUCUCCAGGUUCCAUUGAGUGUCCCCUAAUUGGCCCAGUUUCCUGUUUUCUUCCAGGAUGUUGUAUUUGAGCCUGUGAGGAGAUGAAUCAGAAAGGCAUCCUUAGUCAAAGUAAUGGCUCAUUGCAGGUGUGGAUGGCCCUAUGGGGUGGCCCUAACAUCAACCCAAGGCUUUGAGGGGAAAAAGGGCCAAGCACCAGCUCUCUCUGGCAUGUUGAAUGUCACCACUUCUCCCUGAGAGAGUAAGACUUCUUUAUCACCAGGCUGUACCAGCCAUAAUCUGUUCUUCCAUAGCUUAUGCUUGGGAACUGGUCACCUUCAUUCUUUAGAUAAACAGUACGUACUGCCUUUGGUAUCAGAAAUGUGUUUCCCGGUUUUAAAACAUUGAUCCCUUUCUAUUUCUAUUGGCCCCUUCUUCAAAGUGAAAGGAACAGUGGUGGAAGAGCCUUUCAGUGUGGGGCCCAACAGGAGAUAGACAUGCAUGUUUGCUGCACGCCCGAUUUCUUUGGUUUAAAUCUGUAGCUUUCCCCAAAAUGGCUGCCAGGUAAACUCCUGCAUCAUUUUGGCAAAGUCCUUUUUGAAGAAUGGGAUCUUCAAGCCAGAUCUUGGAAUCGCAUUUCCUUGUUGUCUGCCUAGGACUCGGUCUGUGCUGUGAGACACAACGCUAACGGAAGGAGCCUUGUCUGUGACACCGGGGAGGCAGACACAGGAAGCACGGGAAAGUGCAAUGGAUUUAAGGAGGAAGCUCCAAGUGGGUUGGGAGCUGUUCUGUAACUCCUUGAAAACAAGACUACCUCGGGGACAUUUAGGAUGACUUGUGGGUCAUCAAGUGAGAAAUACCCAGUGUGGGAACUUUUCCAGUUUGUGUCUUGAUUGUUCUCCUUUUUGCAGGUUGUUCUGAGCCUGCUAAUCACCACUGCAUGAGGGCUUUGAAACUCAAGGGGGGAUUUUUUUUCAUUGGUAAGAGGUACUUACCUAUAAAGAGUCCUCUUGUGUUUUAUUUAUUUAUUUAUUUAUUUAUCCACUUAUUUAUUUAUAGAUUAAGUAUCUUCAGUGCUUCUUACCUCAAGAGCACUCACAAAGGAGCUUCCCGAACUCUUUUCACCCAGGCCCGAUGCCGCCCUGAUCUUUCUCCCUUCAAUAGAACCGUGCAUUUCAGCACUGUGAGUGACCUCUGACUCAGCUACAGAUAUUCCCAGCUCCCCCAGUCAUCCUGGGACAGUGUUCAUGCGUGGGUGUGGUCCAGACUUGAGAAGCCACUGCCAGGCCACGCACUGGGUCAGAAGAUACAAUGGGUCAUGAAGAACUCUCAGUUCUUGAGGAAGACUCUCCAGUAGAAGGUUGAAAAGGAAGGAGCUGGAAAGAAAACUGGGCAUGGAGUGUGUACAUACUGAGGCUCCUCAGGACUGUCUGAGGAUCCCUAAGGAAAUGUCAGCAUCUGGAUUCUUAAGGAAGAAAGAUAAACGUGGAAUCCUGGAUGGAUGUGUGUAUGUGUGAAGACCGUUAGGCCACCCCCCCGGGAGCUUCCCAUUUCUAUUCUUCCGUGCUCACAGCUGGAUCUUACAUGUCUCCUGCAAUGGCGGGUAUCUGGGGUGAGCUACCAAAAGCACACCCCCAAAUCUUGGUCUUCCAGCCUCUACUGUCUGUAAGAUAAUUUAAUCCCUGACCUCCAGCUUCUGCAGUUUGAGGAGGGCCACAACACAAAUGCCUCUGGGAAAAUCUGAUCUAACUUUUCCUGUUCUUGCAUUUGAGCCCCCUCUCCAAAGAGGUUCCUGGGAUUGUAUCAUCAAAUUUUGGGGGGGCCUUCUCUGGAAAGGGGUAAGAAAGGAAGUGCCCUCACUUUCUCAAUUUUUCUUCAAUUCUAAUAUUAAACCCCAGUGACAAGCUCUGAAAUUCCUGGCCACCCCUCAGGGUUUUAUUUGUGGUCUCAUUGUUUCAGUUGGUCUUCUUUUUCACUCUUGGUCAAUUGCUAGGGACUAGGUCAUUUCCCCUCUUUUAACCCUUUGUUACUUGGCAAAGAGAUCAGGAGGCAAGAGGAGAAUUAUUCUUCUCUGUUUUAUUUGAGCCUCAGCUUUGUCCAGGUGCUUGGUGCUACGAGGCCAGGUGUGUUGGCAGGGUGUCUACAGAGGAUGCCAGUGACACCCAAGGGCUGCUGACUGUUCAGUGAAAUGUUUACUUGAUUUUUGUUCCUUUCGUCUUAAGAUACAUAACUGCACUUCACUUGGGUUGUAACACUGAAGUGCACCUCAGUGGUUGCAUAGUAAGAGGAAAGGCAUCAAGCGUGACACAGAAGCACAGAAAAUGGUCCCAAGGUCGUGUGCAUGGAGUCCUACUCUAUGUGGCAAAUGCAGGUGUUCACUCCUUCAUACUGUUUUGGGUUGCCAGCCUGGCUUGCAUUUUGAAAUUCUACACAGGAGUUCUGGGAGAUAGGAAGAUUAUUGGCAGUUCGCCCUUGAUAAACACCUUGACUUGGCAGAAUCUCUGCUCCAGGAAAAAGUUGUUCGAUAUAAUACAAAGGAUAUAUGCAUUCUGCUCUUGGACAUGAGGCCAAGCAGAAGACUCAGUGACGGGACAGAGGGAGAGGAGACUUUAGUUCUAUGACUCAUUCUACAACUGCCAACAAUAAAAAUGUUUGACCCAACCGCAUCAUUCACUCUCACAAGAUCAAACGAGCCUACCAUACUUACUCAGAAUUAACUUCAAGAUCAAUGAAAAAGCUACUUGAUUGAGCCAAAGAGGGCUUUAGUUUCAUAGGAUUUGGGGCCAUAGUUAUUCUGAAAUGUAGGCCAUAGUGAUCCUGAAAUGGUAACUCCACAUGGUUUUUCAUGAACUCCCUAGACCAUUUGCCACAUUUCCAUGGCUUUGUGGCAAAGGGGACAAUCACAGGUUUCAGUUAGAUUGGAGCAAUGUUUAAAGGCUUGAACUUGGAGCCUAUUAGAGAUACCACUGCGGUUUCAUGGGCAGAAAAGAUAUCCUUAGGGUUGGAGAGAGAAGUCAAGAUGGAAUUGAUGGAAGGGAAUGAUAAAUUAUUGAGGAUUAAUUUUUAAAUUAUUGACAGACCUAAGGAUGUCAUGCCCCCCCCAAAAUGAUAUAUAUGCUGUAUUAGACUCUCUAGUAAUUUAUUUUCCUUCUCUAGUAAUUUAUGUUCCUUAACACUGAGACCAGACCCCUGAAUUCUUGAAAAUAGUUGAGCCACAGUCCAAACCCAGGAUUUUUAUAUAGACUCAAAAGCACAAGAUCUGAGCCCAGGUCAUGACCAAGGUUAAGAAUCCUGGCUCUCCUUUCAUGACCUCAUAUUCACAUCACGAAGGUUAUGUUUCUGUUCAAGAAGACAAUGAAGUGAAGCCUUCUAGAAUUAAAUGCAGUUUUGUGGUGUGUCAGGAUUUUCUGUUUCUGUUUUUCUGAAUCCUGCCAUAAGAAAGUGCUCCCCAAAGAGACAUUAUUACAACCUGGCGAGAAAGCUUAGUGCUAAGCUAAAGGUGGAGAAACAGAAGAAAUUACGACGGAAAUGAAACGAUUUCUUUUCGUGGACGCAGUAGGGCUACACAAAUUCAGACUGUCUUACAGAAUGAAUUCAUGGCCCAGUUGAAGUUUUUGGAAUGUUCUUUAUUGGCUGACUGCAGAUUUUUAUUGUUAGGUUCUGGGAAAUGGAACAGCCUAAUGAGUGGGGCACAGCCAUGAGACUUCUCUCUCAUGGCUGAGCAAGUAAGCAACCCUGUGCUAAAUCCACCUCGGUUCCUUAAUCUGGAAUAAAGAUGUUUUCGGGUACCUUAGUGAUGUUCUGCAAACCUUGGUCAACUAGCUCCCCAAAAUGUCAGGUCCCGUAUGAUUAAAUUAAAUGCCUUAUACUCAGGGGACGAGGUGUGCAGUUAUGGUAAUUCUUCCUUGUGUGGCGUGUGUGAAGAAAUGCUUUUUGGGUUCAUUUCUCAAAAGUGUGGUCUAGGAUGACAGCUGGUGCAACAUUGGCGCCAUAGUGAUCUGUAUAGUGAGAUGAAUAGAGCUGAAUGAAAUCUGCCGACACACUUGAGUUCCCAAGAGGGGGCUUUCCCAAAUGCAUGCUAAACAGUCAUGUUAUGCCAAAAGGAAGUGCACAGAAAUUGAUCACGUCAAAUGUCCAUACGAACAGGAAGUUUGUUCUGUGUGGCAUAGAACGUGGUUGUCCCUCUCAAUUCCACUAACUUUGCAGUAGUCCUCGGUCCUCGGCCUCAGACUGCUUCCUAGUGUUUGCCAUCAUGGCUUUGUCACUCAGAAAUGUUGCCUUGGGACACACAGGAGUGAAUUGAUUAGGUGAUAAGUGAUUUAGCUGGAAACUUCACCCUAACUCCAAAUGGUAAUGAACAGCUCUUUACUCUCCCAAGAGACUUACUAUCUUCUUACCUUCUGGCUUCCCCAGCUUCCUAGGAGAAAUAGUGACACAAAAGGUACUAUAUUGCUGAACUGGCCCUUAACCUGGAAGAAUACAGUACAAAAUGCUAUUGGUGGUGUUGAAAUAGCACAGUCUUAAAUGCUCAGAAAAUAUUCUAAGAUAACUCUUUCUAUCCUGCAGUGGAUACAGUGUUCUAGUCUUUUCUCCAAUGAUACUUAUUCUUAGUACUUUUCAAACUCCUUUCUAAGCCACAGAGUUUGGAUAAAAUAUUUUUCUUCUCUUUGCUGGGAAUUCAAUCCCACAAUCUUGAGAUAACCUCAAUAGUCUAGAGGCAUUUUCCUUCUCAUUCCUUCUGAUCUGCACAGAAUACCACUCUCUCCUCUCCUCUUGGCCAUCCUUGAUCAUCUGCUGAUUACUGUUAAUAACAGAAUACCGGUGAAAUUCAUCCAAAUAGACACACACAUUCAAUGAGGCCCAAGCCCACUCCUAUCACAGUGGUUUUUAUUGCUCCUUACUGGUCCCAAAUGCGUAAUUCUGACCCCGACACACACAUGUGUACGUGCAUGCAUGCGUGCAUGCACACACACACACACACACACACACACACACACACAAUCUGAUUGGGGCCCAGAUCUCGGGGCUAAUACUUCAUUCAAAUCGCAGGGGCAUGCUCACAAGCUUGGAGCCCAAUGAGAAGCACAGCACUUUGAAGUCAGAUAAGCCUUCCGUUGCUUUGUAUAUUUGCAGUUUAAUAUAUGUUAUUGCUUUAUAGCACUAGUAACACUUCAGUCAUGAAUCUAUAGUAUCAACAUGAUAAAUCUUAGAACAUAUUCUAAGCACGGCGGUACCUUGCUGCUAUUAUACUUACUAGUUUGCACCCCUGUGUUAAUAAGCGUCACAUACAGACUGUGUAGGCAGUGUUUGUAUUGUGUAUAUGCCAACUGUUAUACUUAACCUCGCCGAUCAGCAGUUAGAAAAUACAGAGGUUGUCAUAGUGAAAAUAAGUCUUGGUCAAUUCAGAUAUGAUAUGUGAAUCUGAUAAAUACUCUGUUAGAUAUUCUGUUUGUCCUCUAUGCUUGUUUUAUAUUACAGUGCAUGCUGUUUGCUAAGUUAAGUAACAAAAAAUAAUAAAAUCAGAAUAGUAAAUUGUACCAAUUUUAAGGUUAGAGUUAAGUUUGGUACUUAACUUAUAUGCUGCUUGGUACUCUGAAAUGUAUUUUGUGGCUUAAUUAUCUUAUUCACACACGUUUCACUUGGCUUCUUCCCUCCGAGGAAAUAAUUGUUCAAAUAUAUCUCUCCUUCUUUCUUGUAACCUGGAUUAUUCUGCUUAAUUCAACCUAAAACAUUGUAAAGCCAGAUUACCUCAUUUUAACUGUGAAAAAACAAUUUAAUAGGUAUGAUGACAUUAUGUCUUUUCUUGUAUUUUAUUUGAACGACCUAAAUAGGCUUAAACCUAAUAAUAAAUAUAAAGCUUUAGCAGGCA